AUGGCCAAAGUUCCCACCAGCAAGGGCAAGGCUCGUGUGACGAGCAAUGGCACUGUGAAGAAAAGCAAGGUUGUCUCUGAUAAGCCGAAAAAGGCGGGCGCGGUGCCGGCGGAGCAAGCUCCGUCGCCUCCAUUGAUCAGCGGUAAAGUCGAUGCAUCUCAAGUGCUGAAGGCGUGUAAAGCGCUCGCUGCGUAUACGGAGCGCCGCUUGAGUGCGAAGCAACAUGAGCUUCCGCUUGGUGGAAAUGACUCGCUUGGAUCAUCGAAAGACACGGACAAUACAGUGUGGAUGCAGAUCACGGUGAAGCAGCUGGAUUCCAAGCGUCAGGUUAAGCCAGCGCGCAUUGCCCUUGCACAUCCCCUGCUCGACCAUGAUGCGUCUGUGUGUCUUCUUACUAAGGACCCGCAGAGGGAGUACAAGGACCUGCUCAUGGAGAAGAAUAUUACUCUGGUCAACCGCGUGGUCGGUGUCGAGAAGCUGAAAGGCAAGUUCCGCCCCUUCGACGCGCGCCGUCAGUUAGUGCGUGACCACGAUUUAUUUCUUGCCGACGAGCGUAUUGUACCGAUGCUUCCGAAGCUAUGUGGUAGCGUUUUCUACAAGGACCGCAAGUUUCCGAUCCCUGUGGACCUGACGAAGAAAAAGCACCUCGCCGAGACGAUCGAGCGCGCGGUGGCUUCGACGUACUAUAUGCAGAACAAGGGAUCUUGCAGCACCAUCAAGGUUGGCUUCCUGAACCGCCAUUCGCCCGAGGAACUCGUCGAGAAUAUCGCUCAGGCGCUGCCUGCGGUCGUCGCACGAAUUCCAGGCAAGUGGUCAAAUGUGCAGAACAUUGAGAUCAAGACGGGUAAGAGUGCCGCGCUGCCUGUGUGGAACUGUCGCUUGUCGGAAGGCCAGGGCGAUGAAGUGCGGUGGACGUCUGAGGAGCCGAACGACGCCGACGCCGACGCCCCGAAGCCGAAGACCAAGCGUGUGCGCACGGAAAAGGCGUAG